GUUCUCCCUCUCCGUGUUCCGCUUUGAAUGCAGGACAAGGUUGGACAAGGGUGAAGCAAGGAAUGAUAGAGAACAGUAUCUCUGCGGCAGCGACUGUUAUCAACACUAGUAAUGUGAAAUCCAGCACACCGCCAGAACAAGGCAUCGAGAAAUUCGAGAGGCGGACAUCGAAGAGGUCGUGAUAUCUGUAGAAGUGCAAGAAGUAGUUGUUGAGCUUAGUGAUCCAUGCUAUAGCCUAUGAAGCAAAAGAUGAAGAUUGCCAUUCAUUGAGCAUAAAGCUGUAGCCACGAACACGACUACUUACCUUAUUCCCGGCUUCAGUUCUCGCAGGCUAACGCGCAAUCACAACUACAAGCACGCAACGGGAAGUACCGAAUAGUGAAGGGAGACAGAGCAACGACUUCAACUCCGUCGUCAUACGCGCAAGCUCCUGAUGCAUCUGCAGCAUUGAGGAUUUCCUACGAAAAACAAGAACACUUAUUGGCACAGAGGACGAGAUAGACAGGGCCACUACUCCUCAUCCUACAAUCAGUUCUUUAUGCCGGACUUCGACUUCUUGCAUGGCCCUUCCUCAUCCUACAAUCAGUUCUUCAUACCGGACUUCGACUCCUUGCAUUAUCAACAAGAUCAACUACGACAUACCACCACAAUCAUUGUCGAAACGUCGAGGAGGACAACCACAACUAUCGACACGACAACUUCGAUUGACUAAUGCAGGUGUCUGGUUCGUCAUCUAGCAAAGGAGGUGCUGGAGAAGUGGAGCUGAAGCAGCCACUGAUGUCACAAGCUGGCGAUCCUUUCUACGUCGCCAAAGAUGAGAUCGAGGCGGCGCUCCGCAGUGUUCGGCAGAUGUGCCAGGACUUGGAGAUGAAUGCUGGGGGGAGUAGCAGUUCGAGCUCCUCGAGGGCGGCUGACAGAUCGGGCCCGAGGAAACUCAAACUGGGCAACGAAAUUGUUGCGGAGAUACAGCAAUUGCAGUACUAAGAUUGAAUGUUUUUCUCAAGAAGAGAAAGAGUUUCUUGAAUUCUAAGGCCAAUGAAAUUGCUGCAGUGGUUGUUACCCUCUACUUUUCCAUGUCUUGAUGAAUGCGGAGACCAUUUUUUUCUGCCAUUGCAUCUCUCUCCUCCUACGAUCAACUACAUUUUAUGUACUUACCUUGUUUCUACCAAAUCAAUGCGGUCCACGUCCAUCGAAUCCUUUUUCUCUUCUUCACAGGUACGACUUACAGGAUGUCCAGACGACUAUUGGGAUAGUAGAAGGCAACCCGUCGAAGUUUAGAGUAGACCAGAAGGAAUUGCAAUCCCGGAAGGGGUUUGUGCAGCAGACAGAGAACUCGCUAAAGCAAAUUCUAGCGUCGACACAAGCGACCAUAAAGAGGAUCGAAAGUAGCGGAUCGGGGGAAGCGAGACAACCUGUAUUGACUACUAACUACAUGUAGAAGUUGAGCUAGACAUAGUUGAGUCACACAUAGAGGCAGGUGGAGACUUGCACAAUAUGUCUUAUCCUCGAAUCAUGAUGUUGAACUUCAGUGACAGGGAUGUCAACAGUUGAAGUUGACCAUUUCGAUGUUGGCACUGUUGCAAUAUAUAUGGAAUCUGUUCGCUUACUACACUUCGACUCCGAUAGUUCUCAACUACAGGUUGGUAACCGCUUAGAACGCGAACGAGAAAUGGACGAAGUGGUGCAGAUGGGAAGGCAUCAACAACGGCAGCUUGUGUCUCGACAGGAUGAGCAACUUGCGGAGCUUUCGAAAACCACCGAACGUCUCAAUCAAACGGCAUUGGUAUUGCUUUUCUCGAUUGAUGAAAUAAGUACUUUCAAUGCGUGGUACGACGAUCCUCGCUGAAACACGGAUGUUGACAUUGACAUUCAUGUUGUACUAUGCUGCAUCUUGUAGAAGUUGUAUAACAAGAACAAGAACAACUUCAGGAAGUUGUUCUACCUUCCAAGGUACUUAAAUCCGACGGCAAAUACACUCCCUUAUCAUUCAAAGGUAAUCAAUACCGAGUUAACCGAGCAAGCGCGGAUGCUGACAGAACUUGACGAGGAUAUUGAUCGGGAAACAGAAAAGUUGAAUUUUGUGCUUCGGAGAUUAGGCAUAUUGAUGAAGACCUCUGAUUCCAAACAGCUUUGGACGAUUCUAGUCCUUUUCUGCAUAUUCAUGUUUCUACUCAUGCUUGUGAUUGGCUGACGAGGGCCGCAUCAAACCUUCGUUCUUUCUACAACAAAGAAGAUUGAGAAGAUGUUGACAAAUACGACUCUACGAAGCCGUACUACAAGACCGAUUGUUGUAGUGCCUUCUUGUCUGUGUGAAGGUUGAGAAUGACUUCUUGUGAUGUCUU